GAAGAAGCCUGCUCUACAACAAACAUGGCGGCCCGCCUCGCCACUCAGACGGUGUUCCGCAGGGCGCUGCGAGCCCUCCGCCUUUACCCGGAGGCCACCGGGAGCUCACCGGGAGCGGCUGCCGGGCUCCGGUCUGUUUGUACCGGGGCUCCAGAGGAAACGCAAAGGGCGACAUUAGAAUCUACGGAGGAAUACCGGUUCGUGGAGCGGCUCAUCCCGCCGUCACGCGUCCCCGGUCCGCCUAAACACGCCGGUCCCUGCCCGUCUGGCUGGACCCCCCCGGCGGACCCCCCCCCGGCCCUGCCCUACAUGGUGCGCCGCUCGCGCAUGCACAACAUCCCGGUGUACACCGACCGGAGCAGCGGCAGCCGCCGGACGACGCUGGUGCGCCGAGUGGAGGGAGACAUCUGGGCCCUGGAGCAGGACGUGAAGCGCCACCUGAAGGAGCGCACGGGGAAGGAGCUGCCCACGCAGGUCAACGAGGUCACCAUGACCUUGAAGGUCAAAGGUCACGUCGACGGGGAGCUGAAGACGUGGUUGGCCAGCAAGGGCUUCUGACGUCAUGGGAUCGUCUGAUGAAUGUGACCUGCUUCCUGUUGUCCGUGUCAAUAAAUACGUCCACUGACCGUG